AUGGCCUCACAAACACCUCCGGAGCUACCAGUUCCAUUGUCUGGGCUAGUGAAAUACAUCCACGAGCAUCCUGAGCUUUCUGUUUCCCAGAUUCUUGGCCCAUACCACAAACAUGAAGGCUACUUGCGGGCCCUUUUCGCCCAAAAUGGCCAGAAUCCGAUCCUAAACAACCCAUAUGUUAACACCUUGCCACUCUUUACGGAAGUCUCUGAACUCGUCACCACACGCGCAAGAAACCCGGCUUUAGAGACAGAAGAGGAAAGGUCUCGAUAUAUCAUGCCACUGUCCGAUCAAAAGCGCCGCAAAGAUGGUUCGUCAGCCAUAGUUGCCAGUAUCGCCGAGUUUCAGAGGAAUUUCAGUAUUUUCUCAGAGGCAUCCUUGGCCGAAAUGGACUGGAGCAACGUGGUUGCCGCGGGCUCCUCCGUUGUCAACUGUUUAUUACCUAUACCCGAAGAGUACAAAGUCAACAAGCGGAAAUUACGGCAAUAUUUUCACGAGAUAUUCUGCCCAGCUUCUGAUGUGGACCUCUUUUUGUAUGGUUUAACAGAGGAGGAGGCUAUUGAAAAAAUCAAAGCCAUUGAAGAAGCUGUCCGCGAUACUCUACUCAAAGAUGUAACUGUCGUGCGAACCAAAUACGCAAUCACGAUUGCGAGUCAUUAUCCGACUCGCCAUAUUCAGAUCGUGUUAAGAGUAUACAAAUCUAUCAGUGAGAUUCUGACGGGCUUUGAUAUUGACGCUGCCGGAGGCGCUUAUGAUGGCAAGCAGGUCUACGUGACCCCACGUGCCCUUGCGAGCUUUAUUACUCAGACCAACCAUAUUGAUCUCACGCGCCGGAGUCCUUCAUACGAGACUCGCCUGGCCAAGUACUCAAAUAGAAACUUCGAGGUCUACUGGCCCGACCUGGAUCGCUCUCGUAUCGACCCUACCAUCUAUGAGAGGAGCUUCAAACGCACAGUCGGUCUCGCGCGUCUCCUUGUGUUGGAGAGCCUUCCGACGGAGUCCGCUCGGCAUACAUAUCAGAACGAAAGAAGACGAGAACGCGGCAGACCUGAGGUGGAUUAUCCCCAUUGGACUUGGAGGGACAAUGGCGAUAUGAAGCAAGAUCAUGAGAACGAGGUGGCUGAUUGGUUUCCAUCGGAAGAAGUGAGCAACUAUCACACAUUUCGCAUUCCGUACGGUCGCCGUUUUACUGCCAAAGCCAUCGAAAGGAUGUGCUUUUCGCAAGAUAUUCUGCUCAAUGCAGAAUGGAAUCAAAAGCCAGAGAAGCGGAAGGUGUAUCUUCACAGGCACCCUGCAUUUUUCGGUCGUGUUGAGGACGUCGUUCAAGACUGCUGCGGUUACUGCCCCAUUCCAAACACAGUGGAAGAACAGGAGGUGGCAGAAAAGGAUGCGAAGACGUGUAUUUCGGGGAAAAUAUCAUUCCUUACUGAUGACCCAGGUCGGCAGGAAAUUGGCUCGUUCAAUCCGUUGACCGAACAAGACUGGACUGAGAUGGCGUAUAUCGGCAACACAGCUAGACUUUUCCAGUCAAUCAUUGACGGGGAUAUACAAAGCAUCCAUACUUGGCUUGGCCAAGACGGCUUUGAUAUCAACAGGAGAGAUCACACCGGACGGGCUCCUCUACAUUUCGCCGUCAACGUAUCUACAGCAGAAGUUGUGCAAUGCCUUGUAGACCACGGAGCCCGCUUGACGGCGCGAUUGGCUGACGGAAGGACUGCUUUGCAUCUUGCAGCUGCUCGCGGGAGAGUGGACAUGGUAAAGGUUCUCAUGGAAAAGAGCCUGGAGAACGAAGAAAUCGCCCAAGAUCGCAAAAAGUUUAAGCGGCGGAAAAUUGAAGUAGCUGAACAGGAAGUGCGUGACGACACUUCCGAAGAUGAAAUGCAAAUCACAAGAGAUGAUCUUGACAUCGGGGAAGACGACAAUAACUCGGAUGCCGUGGUAUUGGGUGAAGGAGAAAGUGACGAUUAUGAGUUCUCUGUGACCACUGGAUCGUUUGCAAAAAUCAACAGAAUUGAACCCCAGGGAGAUGAAACUGAAAUGAAAGAAGCCUCCGAAAUGGGACCGGACUUUUACGACAUCGAUAUACCUGCUUGGGAUAUUCCCUGUUCUCCCCUUCAUCUGGCUGUGUCUGGUGGCUACGAAGACGCAGUUAGGACGCUGUGCGACUAUGGGGCCGACCCUCUUCUUCCAGUUCAAUUCCGGCUCAAUAGGGUGAAGACAGAUGUCAUCCUUAUCCUUGCUCUGGCCUUAAAGCUUCCCACCGAGAAGGCAAAAUCAAUGAUAAGAUUACUCAUUGAACUUGGCGCUCUGUCUUCCCAGGCCGACACUGAUGGUAUCACGGCCUUCCAUCGCUUUGUUACCAACAACUCGGGAGAUCUUCUCGAUGUUUUGGUAGCAUGUGACCGGCCUAAUGUUAUCAGGGCCUUAAAACAUAUUUAUAUCCCCGAUGUACGAACCAUUUCAGUCCUUCACACGGCAAUCGACCAUGAUGAUCCAAGCCUUGUCUUAAAACUAUUGAACGCAGGGGCUAAGCCAGAUAUAAGCUUCGACAUGUGGCUUCGAGCUGUCAAACUCUCUCCUAUGAAACAUAACUUGGGAACUCUGCGGGAAAAUAAGCGACUCUACAGAACUACCAUACAGCCUCUCCUAUACGCUGUUCAGGCGGAGAACCACCAAGCAGCGAUUCAACUCCUAGAGUCCGGGGCAGAUCCUAACGCUAUGACACCGGAUUCGUAUAGGCUUCUACAGGGAGAUGAGGUCUAUGAUGUAGCGACCGGAUCUACUGUUCUUGACGUUCUGGAUGCAAAACUCCUAAAAACAACGGACAGCUUGGACAGGGCUAAGAGGAAUGAGGGAAGUAUCGCGUCCCCUAGGCCGCCUCGUACGGACAAAUUCCUCCAGCAGUUUCCGCCAGAUUCCUAUCAGCACUUCUAUCAUAGAGAGGCAUUUGAAAGGCAAAAGUGGCGGUUUGAGAGCGACUUAAAAGAUCGGGAGCACAAGCAAGAAAUGGCAGUGGUCCAGGAGGGACCUGAUACAGAAAUCACGCGUCUUGAGAAACUGGCCUCUGGGCUCAGUAAUCUGAGAAAAAAGCUUGUCUCUAGGGGUGGACAGACCUUUAAAGAUCUUCAUCCCGAUUUCAAGGAAUACCGCACCGGAAGAAGGGGUUUUCGACUAAAUACCCCUUCAUCCUAUUGCAGAUCUCCCUCUGUUGAGAGCGGGAAGAUAAAUUUUAAGGGAGAUAAGAACUUUUCCUCUUUUAAAGAGGACCGAUAUAUUGAGCUGAUGGAGGCUGCUUGGGAUGGAAAUCUGGAGAAAAUCAGAUCACUGACCCUUCAAACUGACCCCGAUGAUACUCAACCUCGGCUGCUCAUCAGCAUUCAAGAUGAUCAUUACAACUGUCCCUUCUCCUUGGCAUUCUUCCGCGGCCAUCGGGAAGUUGCUGCAGCUAUUUUGGAUAUUGUAAGAAGUCAGUGGGCACCUAUCGAAGAUUCAAACCAUUCAACCCGAAGACCUCACCUUCUUCGGAGAACACGAACUCCAAGCUACCAGGGAAGUGGCUCUCCUGGUCGCAGCGAAAUGGAUCUGGAUUCAGGAGAUGAUCUAUCUCAACCAGGGCCAAUUAUACUGAGCGAGGAUGAAGAUAAUAUGUCUGUUAAUGAAGAUAUAAAUUCGGAACCAGAACCAAGCACGUCAGAUACGACACCAAUGCGCAUUCUUCGACAAAACUGGCAGGUGCUACAUAUAGUGGAAGGAAAAUGGGAACCUGGGCUUCGAUGCACGUUGUUCGAAUCCUGCGUCAGCCGAAACGACGUGGCUGGGCUUGAAUUUCUACUUAAACUUGCUCGAUAUUGGACAAGCCAAAAGUUGCCAGACGAUGCUGUCGAAGAAAUGGUUUUGUAUCGUGAUCCUACUGAUAAGAAGGAGCAGGAUGGAGUAUUCGCGCUGUCCGAGGCCGAGUUUCAAACUGUCCUGAAUCAAGGAAAUCUCGAGCUUGUGCAUCUUGUUAUGCGGAAGAUAGGUGCAGGUCUAAUGUUGGAUGACCUUGUGCGUCGCUCUGGUGAGAACUUAGAGCAGAAAUCGGAGUAUUAUCAAGGGCUUACGGACUGGGCCAAUAUUGUUCCUCCAGGAGAGCGACGAAGACCAAGAGACCGGCUUCUCGACCUUUCCAAGAAGGACACUCAUACGAAAGAUGUAGGAGUUGCGCCGGUCAUUCAUGCUGUGAGGUCUGGACAGAUUGAAAUGGUGAAGCUUUUCCUGAGCGAGACUGCUCUGCAAUUGUAUGCCGAGUUUGCGCGAUCCGAUGCUGCAGCCGAUAAUCCUAAAAUAUUGCACCUUCUUCAGAGUAAAGCAGGAUUUGAGUUGACUACGUCAGAAUGGCUUGGGGCGAGCAGACAUACGCCGCUUUUGAUUGCUGCAAGAAUCGGUCGGAUUUCACUAGCCGAGAUCUUAAUCCGGGAUGGUCAUGCCAACCAAGCAGCGUGCAAUUCUAAGGGAGAAAACAUUCUCCAUCUAGCACUUCAGGGACCUGUCGAAUCACGUCGAUUCUGCGAGUUAAUGAAGAUCAUUGAUGCUAGGCUACUCGGCGAUCUCUUUCUACAGCGAAAGAAGCUGUCCGCAAACGGCACAGUUCCUCUCCACUCCUGGAUUGCUCAUAUUUGCGGAUAUCCCAGCCGGGAUGGCGACAGUGAUAUAUUCUCCGAGUACGGCACCUACACCCCUUUGAGGUACCGGCCGGCAGAUUUGGUAUCACUCCUACAAACCCUGCUUGAGUGCUCUAAUGACAAAGUUCUCGAGUCUUUCAAUGAUGUUGGCGAUACCUGCCUACAUACUGCCAUCAAAUCUCGCCAAUUUGCUAUUGUUAGAGGUCUGAUCCAGUACGGUCCAGGUCUGGUUUAUCGCGAAAAUGCCAUGGGCCAAACACCUCUGGAGCUCGCGAAUGAUCUGUUAAUCAGAGCCACCAUUAAGCCUCCCAAGCCCUUGAUGCUCAAUGCAGAUUAUGAGGAUAGAUUCAUAAUGGCCAGGAGCUGGCGGUUUGAAACUGUUCCAGGACUGAAAGCCAGACCUCCCCAAUCUCAGAAUAUGCAUAGCACUUCCUUGGUGGAAAGACUAGCAGAACUCGGGCUUUCCGAUGACUAUAGCGAGUCUGUGGUGUCAGAAGUGUUAUAUCUCGCGGGUCUUUGCGGCAAUGACAGGGUGGAAACCUCAUCCGGUUUAGAUGCGAUACUCGCCAAGAAGAUUACUCUGGACUUUUGCAAGACCUCUGUCCAAAAGAAUCCGGGGAUACCGCGUAUCCUGGCUUCCGUGGUCGCGGCCAAUGACGUUGCACGCAGAGUAGCCGAGCUGAAAUCCUCUUCAAGGGACAUGGGUGAGGAGCAUACCAGCAUGGCUGAUGCAAAACUGCAUCGAGAUAUCGAUGCAUGGAACGAUUGGGACGGCGAAGAUGAAUAUGAUGAGAGUGGGAACGUUGAUCUCACUAUAAGACGUGGCGUGAGGGAGAGAAGAAGAAAUGUUGUGUUUCGGUCAAGGCGAUCACGACGGUAG